AAAGAAUAAAAUAAAACAAAGAAUCAAAGCGAUUGAGAAACCUAGAUAGAUCGCGUCAAAAGCAACGAAACUUGCAAGGAGGAGUGGAACUUGUUCCUCUCUCUCGUGAAUGUAAUGCGAGUUUGCAAACUUGGUAGACCCAGAAGCGUCAUUUUUUUCUGAUUAGGAACUCUGAACCAGUGUGGUGUGCGUUGGUUGUCAGAUAGAUAAAAUAUUUCAUAGCUAUGGAGUUGGCCCAACUGGAAGCGUUGUGUGAGAGGCUAUACAAUUCCCAGGAUUCUGUGGAAAGGGCUCAUGCGGAGAACACUUUGAAAUGCUUCUCCAUGAAUACCGAUUACAUUUCUCAAUGCCAAUACAUUCUUGACCAUGCCUUGACUCCUUACGCAUUGAUGCUAGCUAGUUCCAGUUUGUUGAAGCAAGUAACAGAACACAGCCUAGCUUUGCAGCUUCGGCUAGAUAUAAGGAACUAUCUUUUGAACUAUCUAGCCACCAGGGGGCCAGAGUUACAGCCUUUUGUGACUGCUUCAUUAAUCCAACUUCUGUGCCGAGUCACGAAAUUUGGGUGGUUUGAUGAUGACCGAUUUCGGGAUCUCAUCAAAGAAUCAAUGAGCUUCUUGAGUCAGGCAACACCUGGUCAUUAUGCAAUUGGUUUGAAGAUAUUAAACCAGCUUGUCUCUGAGAUGAACCAGGCUAACGCUGGCUUCCCUGCAACACAUCAUCGAAGAGUGGCUUGCUCCUUUAGGGAUCAUUGCCUCUUCCAAGUAUUUCAGAUAUCUUUAACAUCAUUGCAUCAACUGAAGAAUGAUGUUGUCAGUCAGUUGCAAGAGUUGGCACUUUCUCUUUCUUUGAAAUGCUUAUCGUUUGAUUUUGUGGGGACAUCUGUUGAUGAAAGUUCAGAUGAGUUCGGCACGGUUCAGAUUCCUUCUCCUUGGAAGCCUGUUCUGGAGGAGUCUUCAACCCUGCAAAUAUUUUUUGAUUACUAUGCCAUUACAAAGGCUCCUCUUUCAAAGGAGGCAUUGGAGUGCCUGGUGCGACUAGCUUCUGUAAGACGUUCAUUGUUUACCAAUGAUGCUGCUCGUUCUCAGUUUUUGGCGCAUUUAAUGACAGGAACCAAAGUAAUACUUCAAACAGGGCAAGGUCUCACAGACCACUACAAUUACCAUGAGUUUUGCCGUCUUCUUGGUCGGUUCAGAGUGAAUUAUCAGCUUUCAGAGCUUGUUAAUGUUGAAGGCUAUAGUGAUUGGAUACGAAUGGUUGCAGAGUUUACUCUCAAAUCUUUGCAAUCGUGGCAGUGGGCCAGCAAUAGUGUAUACUACCUGUUAGGACUGUGGUCGAGAUUGGUGUCGUCUGUUCCAUAUUUGAAAGGUGAUGCACCAAGCUUGCUGGAUGAAUUUGUUCCUAGGAUUACUGAAAGUUUCAUCACAUCAAGAUUUAACUCAGUGCAGGAUGGAGUACCUGAUGAUCUUUCUGAGAACCCCUUGGACAAUGCUGAACUUCUUCAGGAUCAGUUGGAUUGCUUCCCUCAACUUUGCAGAUUUCAGUAUGAAAGCAGUAGUUUAUAUAUAAUAAGCAUAAUGGAGCCAGUCCUGCAAAUAUACACGGAAAGAGCAAGACUACAAGUUAGUGAUAACAGUGAUCUGUGUGUGAUUGAAGACAAACUGGCCUGGAUUGUUCAUAUCAUUGCUGCAAUUCUGAAAAUAAAGCAAUGUACAGGUUGUAGUGUGGAAUCUCAAGAAGUGCUCGAUGCAGAAAUUUCAGCUCGAGUUUUACAGUUGAUAAAUGUAACUGACAGUGGAAUCCAUAGUCAGAGAUAUGGUGAAAUAAGCAAACAAAGACUUGAUAGAGCAAUUCUUACUUUCUUUCAAAAUUUCCGAAAGUCUUGUGUGGGUGAUCAGGCCAUGCAUUCUUCUAAGCAGUUAUAUGCCCGGUUAUCUGAGCUUCUUGGAUUGCAUGAUCAUCUACUAAUUCUGAACGUGAUUGUCGGCAAAAUUAUGACUAAUCUCAAGUCCUACACCGAGUGCGAAGAGGUCAUUGAUCACACCUUGAGUUUGUUUUUGGAGCUUGCAUCUGGCUAUAUGACCGGAAAGCUGCUUCUGAAGUUGGAUACUGUGAAAUUUAUUGUCGCCAAUCAUACGAGGGAGCACUUUCCAUUUCUAGAAGCAAACAGAUGCGCUCGAAGCAGAACAACUUUCUAUUACAUUAUUGGCUGGUUGAUAUUCAUGGAAGAUAGCCCUGUGAAAUUUAAGACCUCGAUGGAACCACUUCAGAAGGUAUUUCUCAGUCUGGAAUCAACACCUGAAUCACUGUUUCGAACAGAUGCCGUAAAGUUUGCACUUAUUGGGUUAAUGAGGGACCUCCGAGGAAUUGCAAUGGCGACAAAUAGCCGGCGAACCUAUGGCCUUCUAUUUGAUUGGUUGUAUCCUGCACACAUGCCACUACUUAUACAAGGCAUCUCACAUUGGGCAGAUACUCCAGAGGUUACUACUCCUCUGUUGAAGUUUGUAGCAGAGUUUGUCUUGAAUAAAGCUCAGCGUUUGACAUUUGACUCUUCUUCUCCUAAUGGCAUACUUUUGUUCCGGGAAGUCAGCAAACUGAUCGUUGCUUAUGGUUCAAGAGUACUGUCUUUGCCAAAUGCUGCUGAUAUAUAUAUCUAUAAGUUCAAAGGAAUAUGGAUAUGCCUAACAAUUUUGUCAAGAGCACUUUCGGGAAACUAUGUCAAUUUUGGUGUGUUUGAAUUAUAUGGUGAUAGAGCUCUUUCUGAUGCACUUGAUGCUGCUCUAAGGAUGACCCUGUCAAUAUCCUUGUCUGAUAUUUUAGCUUAUCGUAAGCUAACAAGGGCUUACUUUGCAUUCUUGGAGGUCUUGUUCAGCAGCCAUAUUUCCUUCAUAUUGAACCUAGACACUAGCACCUUCCUUCAUAUAGUUAAAUCCCUUGAAUCUGGUCUUAAAGGCUUGGAUACGGGCAUCUCAUCACAGUGUGCAUCGGCUGUUGAUAAUUUGGCUGCUUUCUACUUCAACAAUAUCACUAUGGGAGAGGCCCCGAAUCUACCAGGAGCUGUCAAUCUUGCUCGUCACGUUGCAGAGUGCCCCAAUUUGUUUACAGAAAUUCUGAAGGAUCUCUUUGAGAUAAUAUUAUUUGAAGAUUGUGGCAACCAGUGGAGUCUGAGCAGGCCGAUGUUGAGCUUAAUUGUCAUUAGUGAGCAGAUAUUUUCAGAUUUAAAAACUCAGAUCUUGGCGUCACAGCCAAUGGAUCAGCGUCAGCGGCUCUCACUAUGUUUUGAUAAACUUAUGACAGAUGUUAAUCAAAGUCUAGAUUCGAAAAACAGGGACAAAUUCACCCAGAACCUCAACAUAUUCAAGCUCGAAUUCCGUGCCAAAAAUAAUUGAACUUUGUACAGGCUUGAGGUAAAUAUGAAACUCCACCUUCUUUGUACAGUCAGCUUGUAGAAUCAGCAUCUCUAUCUCGGAGGCAUCUGGGAAUCUUGUCAUGGGACAAGAAACCACCGUAUAGGGUUUCUUCAUUGGCGUUACAUGAAAAUAUCAAGAAAUGUAUUCCUUGUACUAAGGGUUUCGAGUAUCAGGCGUGAACGUAGAAGAUUUACAGCAUAGUUCUCAUGUUACCCCCACUAUACCAGAAUUGGGGAAAUUUAGGGCGCACAGAUGAUGAGGAAAGAUUUGGACAUCUAUGUGAGUGCUUGAGGUCAGAACAAAGGCAAAUAUAUGGGAAUCGAGGGGGAGGGUGAGACGGGAACCGCCCAAUUAUUUAUUGUAGGCUUGGUGAUUCUCUAGUUAUACAAGAUCAAUUCUUUUUAGGGAAGUUUAGUGCUGGUGAUAUUUGUUUUAGGAAAAAUGUUGGUCAUUGUUUGAUGUUAUUUUGUUUGAUAGUGUAUAUUAAUGAAGUUUUCUUAAUUUGAUUGUGUAUAUAUGAAAAGUGGGCUGUUGAUUGGGCAAA